AUGGAAAAAGAUUUCCGAUAUUAUUUUCAACAUCCGUAUUGUCGUAUUUUUGUGGCUUAUUUUGUGACAUUUUGUAAUUUUCUGAUAUAUGCGGAGGAUCCAGUAGCUCACAGUCUGAAGGAGUGUAAUAUUCCUGUGAUUGGAAAUGAUUUUGCCUUCGUAUGUACUCGCUAUCCACCCAAUGCCUGGAGUCUGUUGAAAGUCGUGUUGUGGCUCAGUGCCAUCAUUGUUGGAAUAUUGGUUGGAAAAUUUUUAUUCCAUAGAUUGUUGUUUACUCGUUUAUUCCGUAUCAAGAUGUUUCAAGAUGAUCAAGGAUCGUGGAUGGUGAUGUUUCUGUGUGUUGUUGUUGUAAUGUUUAUCUUUUCCUUCCUGUACAAUGCCUUCUUACUGAUCGGGGGAGACAGCACCCUUCCCUACCGUAUCUCAGACCUCAUGGGCGUCUCCAACUCAUUCUUCAUGAAAGCAGCCGCCUGUGGAACUUGGUGUGGCGAUUUCUUUACUGCUUGGAUGGUAACAGAUAUGAUGUUACAAGAGAGAUUAUACCCCACCUGGGCUCCAGGUUUUAGAAAAUGGUGGACGACUGGUUAUAGAAGAGUGAUAGCUUUCUGGAUUAUCGUAUUACUUAUGUCCUUUAUUGUGAUAUUUGUAAUUACUACAGAUUAUAUUGAGUGGGAUAAACUCAACCGGGGUUUUCUACCAACUAAUGAAGUUUCCAGAGCUUUUCUUGCCUCCUUCAUCCUCGUGUUUGAUAUUAUUAUUGUUAUGCAGGAUUGGGAUUUCCCCCAUUUUAUCAGUGUACUAGAUAUAAAGUUACCUGGUUUAGAUACAGCUCAUAUCAAGUUCCAGGUUCCUAUUCCAGACUUUCUGAAAAAAGAAAUCUUAGUUCAUAUUACAGGUAAGAUGUUUAGACUUGUAACAGUACUUCAAGGUAGUGAUCAGUAUGUAGGUACUAGAGUGUAA